AUGAACCACUGCCAGUUUUUAACAUACGGGUUGUUAAAAAUUUUCUUAAAAGAAGUUGUUAAUCAACAAUCAGAAGACACCAAUAAACUGUUGUGUUCCUAUCAUAUGAAGACAACAAUUUUCUGGGCCAUUCAACAAAACACACUACCAUACUGGUGUCCACAAAAUCUCCUGGCCAGUUUCUGGAUCUGCUUUAAACUCCUUCUUAAAUGGGUAUAUGAGGGAAUCUGUCCCAACUUUUUCAUCCCACAAAACAAUCUGUUUCUGACAAAGGUUCAUGGCCCAACACAAAACAGAUUGUUCCUACAGUUACAUGAACUGUACAACAAAGGUCUGGCCUGUCUGUUACAAAGUUCCUCUAUCAGGUCGCACAUCAUUGAUGUCCUGUACAAUCCUAGACUUUCUAUUUGUACAGAUGAGAGUAUGAUGGUGUCUGAAAUUGAUUAUGAUGUAGAACUUGUCAUAGGGUCCGGAGAAGCUCAAGCGUUUUCACUAAGUCGGUGUCAUGCUACCAAAAUGAUACAUGUGAUAGAACAGAUAAUAGAGUCGCCAAUGACACACUAUCAAGCUGUACUGUUCCAGGCAUAUACAACCUCAGUCCUUCAGAGAACUUCUUUCGUAUUACAAAACAUGUACACUAACACAUGCGUCAACAAACAUAUGUAUAUUGCAGCCAAACUAUCCUGUCACAUGCUAAAAUCAACAGCAAAGUUUGGGCUCGUUUCUGAUAUGUUGUACAUUGCCAUGUAUUAUUACAAGACACUCAGAUACAGGGAAGCUUUAUCUGUUAUAGAGAUGACAAAGGUAAAGUUAGCACAGCCAUAUCUGAUGUAUGAGGAACAUGUAGACAGAGAGAGGUAUACUGAGGCUGUAGGGGGAAAGUCCUGGUCUACAAAGAUCAGAAAGGCUGUAACAUCAAAUAUUUCACUUGACAACAAAAUCUGUUAUAUCAGUGAACUAAUACCAGAACAACUGUCUGCUUCACAGAAAAGAAAGACUGCAUUAGAAAUCCCGCCGUUUGUAAUGUUACACUUUCUAGGGUUCUUGUGUUACAGACACAUUGAUUCAACAUUAUCACAAACAGCUCUAAAUGAGCUACAGGUCCUAGUCCACCAUGAUCAGGGACUGUAUCUAAAAGAAGUAUACAGAGACAUCUCCUGGGAGAUCCUGGGGAUCUGUCAACAGAUCACAGGGAACCUCCAGGCUGCUCUAUACUCCUACCAACAGUCACUGUUCACACGGUAUACAGUGAACUUUAUACAAACUGCUACACAGAGGAGAAUACAGAAUGUGGUUCAGUUAAUACCACACCAGUAA